AGGACGUGGCAGGUUAAGGAGGAAUUUGAAUAUUUUUAUAAUUUUUACUAAUUACUCGACACAUAGUUGACCCUAAACGAGGUGAUUAAUCAAGAAGGUUGUUUAUAUAUCGGUCCAUGUUUUAGAGGUGAUUUGAGGUUAAAUUACACGAAGGAAAUAGAUAAAUUUGAAUAAGAAGACAACAGCUCCUCCAUCAUGAAUCAAGUUAAGAAAGACACGAUCCAAUCCUCAGCAUUCACCAUUGGGUCUUGGGUCGCCUUCAAGUUAGUGGACUAUAAUCCACCCGGCCCCCUGUCACCCGGCACUAUUAAGAGCAACAUGGAUGUAUUCAACGACAAGUACAAAGUGGCCGUUAAGCUGGUGCCGAGUAACGAGCUUAUAUUGUGGGAACUCAGCUUAGAGGAGAAGAAGGGCCGUAGGUCGAGAAAAAGUAGCGGUGCUCGAUCGGCCAAAGAGGAGACCAGGAUAAUAAAGUGUAAGUAUGGGGUGUCUGACGAUGAGGGUCUACUCUUCAAAAGAUCCAUCCCGAUGGACUCUGAGGGUCAUGAGAUUGCCCUCUAUUGCUCUGAGUUAAUGGCCUCAGUAUGA